AUGCUAGGAGUAUCCCGUUUCAAGCAAGUGAGGGACGGGAUUCGAAGUUCUCUCCUACGUCAGCGAUCGAAGAUUAGAGACGCCGCCGCGUUUGCCAAGGAAAGUAAAAUAAGGUGGGCCGGACACGUGAUGCGCUUUAAUGACAACCGUUGGACCAGAGCCGUGAGCGACUGGGUUCCCCGCGAUAUCAAGCGCACUAAAGGAAGACCGCCGACCCGAUGGUCAGAUUUCUUCACGAAGUCCUUCAAAGAAAAAUAUGACACUCUUCGUGUCCCACGCGAAAGGAGGAACCACUGGGCUACUCUGGCACGCGAUCGGGACAAAUGGAAGAAUUACUGGCGCCCGCUCGACCAGCUCGAAGAUCAACGGGAGUCAAGGUGGUCAAGGUGA